AUGCCCCCGUCGAACGUCCGCAAGGAGGAGGCGGAGCUCCGCCAGAUUGCGAAGCAGGCUCGGCUGGCACGCAAGGAGGUGCAGCAGCGCGAGCGAAAGCAGCGCCAGCGUGAGCGGCGCGCGGCCGCCAAGAACGGUGAGGCAGCUACUGCUGCUCAGCAGACCGCUGCGUCUUCGGCAAUGAGAACGCGAGGGGCAAUCAUUCUCCCAGAUGAGGUCCAGGAGCUGCGUCAGCGGCUCAUGGGCGACGACGCCGCCAGCGCUGCGUCUGCGGCCGACUCUCCCGCGCGGAAGACGAAAAAGGCGGCAGCAAGGAAGGCCGCCCGCUCUCCCGCCAAGAAGUCUGCAGGCGCUGCCGGGGCCAGCAACCACGGCGCCGCCUCCUCCUCCACGCUAGUUCCCACGUAUCACCAGGAGGUGCACUUCAAGAAGAAGAUGUUCUUUGUGGACGUGGUUCUGCACCACGUCCCGCAUCAGAAGAUCGACAUCAGUGAGACGAACACGAAUCGGCUGGUAGUCGACACGUGCGGCCACACGAAGAAGUACCGCCUGGUGCUGCCGUACCCGAAGGGCAUGCUGUGCGACGCUGCGGCGGCCACGUACGAGUUCGAGAACGGCAUCCUGCAGUGCCGCCUCCCCAUCAUGGACGGCGCCAUCCCGGCCAGUCUCGAGGCCGAGAACGCGAAGAUGAUCGAAAAGAUGCGCCAGCAGAGGGCGCUGCGCUUCCGCGUGACGCGGGAUGGCGACUUGACAGUGCGCACGCGUCAGGCGCUGCUGACGCAAGCGCCCGCCGCCCAGGCUGCGUUGCCAGAGGCGAAGAAGGCGGCAGCAGCACAGCGCGGUGACGACACGGACAGCGACAACGAGGUCGUCAACGCCCAGGCGCGAGAGGCGAAGGGGACGGAAAAGAUGGCUAGUCCCAAAUCUCGGAAGCGUACUCGUGACGGCGACGAGGAGGAUAGCAAGGAGACGCCGCAGCAGACCAGGUCUGUAUCAGCGAAGAAAGCGAAGGGUGCGGCUGCUGCGGUGAACACUUUGCCGACGGAGGCUGCCACGGCAUCGAAGCCGGCCGCGAAGAAGUCGAAGCCUGACGUCUUCGAGGCCGAGCACGCCAAGGUGAUGGAGGCUGCAAAGGCGGCCGCGGCCAAGGUGCACCUCUCGAUGCGCGAGCGGGUGAAGCUGGCCAAGGCGGUGCAGGCGAGCCGCGAGGAGCGCCUGCAGACUCGCUCCCUUCGCAAGGAGCGUAAGGAGGAGCAGAAGCAGCAGUCUUUUCACCGUAUCUUGGAGGAGCAGAAACGCCAGCUGCUGGCCCGCGCGUCGAUGCAGCAACCGGCGCCAAGCCCCACCGCGAAGGUAAACGCGUCUGCGAAGGCGGUGCACUUUGCCGACGAAUGA